AUGUAGACCAGGCUGGCCUUGAACUCACAGAAAUUGGCCUUGAACUCACAGAAAUCAGCCUGCCUCUGCUAGAAUUACAGGCAGGAAGCCCCAUACGUGGCCAGGAGUUCCAAAUUCUUGGCCAGGAGGGCCUGUCAUGGGUGGGAGCUCUCAAGUUUCCUGGUCCCAGCUGACACUUCAAUGUUUGGACCUCCUGUACUUCACCUCUUAAUCUUUAGGCCAGGCCACCCUAAGAGUAUGGAGUUGAUUCUGGGUUCCCUUUUCCCAGAAUCCAGCCUGGUGGCUGGCUUAGAUGCUCUUGGUCGCUUCCUUUACCUCCGUGUCCUGGUGGCUCUGUGCUGGGGUGGGAGGUGUUUUCUUGAGAAGAAUUAGAGGGAAGAAGCUAGGCAUGGAGACCUGGGGGUGGAGGUGGGGCUUCCUGAGACGCUUGCUGAGCAAUUCUUUCCAUUCUGGUCUGGGCAUGGGUUCCUGGCAGUCGGGAGGGCAAGCUGCCUGGACCAGUCAGCUGCUCUGUUCUGUCCUUCCCUCCAACACACACCCUGUUGCUGUAACCCCAGGAGCUCAGCCUUUUCUCUAGAGUCCAGAGUCUUAACAUUUCAUACGGCCCAGGAGAGUCAGAGCUAGAGUCUAAUCUCACAGGCCAGGUACAAAGUUGGCCCCCCGAUACAACCCAGGGGUCAGUGGGGAACAGCGUCCCCAGAGUCUACACUGAAAACCUUGGUCACCAACAAAUCCUGCUGUUUGGGCCCAAUACACACUCCUGCGGCCACCAUGACUGAGUCAGGGAGAGGCUCUGGGACUGUCCUGGGAUCGGAUGGAUUACCUGAGAGAGGUACAAGCUGAGACAUGGAAGGCCAGGGUGGGACAAAGUCUGGUGUUUGCUCACAGAGAAGCUGGAUGCCUCCCGACCUUAGGAGAAUGCUCACAGUUCUCUGUAGCCCCGGGAUGCCGUGAAGACCUCACAGGCACUGGAUGAGCCCAGAAGACCCGAGUUCAUAGGCCACAUCUGUGCUCAGUCUCCUCCGCUCUUUUCUGUCCCUGUCUUUGGUUUUUCUCUAGUCCCCAGACCUCGACCUGGUUAGGAGAGUGGCUGGCCACUUCCCCUGGGGCGAUGCUAGCCCAGACCACAGCCCUAGUGGAAGGCUUGGUGGUAGGAUCCUCAUGGAGGCCAGGCAGGCGCUGGGGCCCAAAUAGACGCCAAGGCGGGGGUUCUGGGUUCCAGAGGUUCCUGCUGGUCUGACAGGUGUUGUCCUUGCCGUGAAUGUGGCAGAGGUUGGCAAACUCCCCUGCACCCAGGGUCAGACAGCCAGGACUGCAUUGUGGCCUAGGCUCAGCUUGUAAGUGGGUGGGGGUCCUCUAGAUUCUGACAUUUUGAGUCUCCUCCCUUGUGCUGAUGAAUGGGGCUGGAGCCCACCGUGGGGAGGCUGAAGGGUUGGUUGGGCAUCCAUUCCUCUGUAAGCCUGCUGUUGUCACUGCUGGAGGGAGGAUUUGAGACCAGAGCUGUGGUAGAUGGAUGAGAGAGAGGUGGGAACAGACUACCCAAAUGAGGGACUGAGACAGAAGGUCACCAGAGUUGGCCUUGGGGGCAAGCCUUGACUGCAUCAUACCCAGUGAGGUAUCCUGGCCCACUCUGCACUCUCCUAAGCCUCCGAGUCUCUGUAAUGAUGAUGCUCACCUGCUGGGCGACUGUACCGAGUUAGUGAAAUCACAGUUAGGCUGGGCAUUGUUCCAGAGCUCAGCAUGUCCGCCUCUUUUCUUUUUACAGUUCCUGGGGAGGCACCAUCACUGGUGCUGAACCCAUUUUCCAGGGGAGGACACUGAUACAUAGCAACAGCUCUGGUUCAAAAGGGCAGGUGGCUAAGGAUGCAGACAAUUAAUUAUACCGGGAUCAGGCAGGUCCACUGGUAAAUUCCUCUGACCACAGCUUGGCAGGGCAGGGCCAGGGAGGGCAGGAGGAUGGCCCAUGAGUCAGCAGCUGAGCUACUCUAGACCCUGGAGCCCCAACCCAGGCAGUGAGUCACACUUCACCCCCAGAUCACUGCAGCCCCUCACUCAGGAAGUGGGAGGGGCAGCUGUCUGCUCUUUCCCGGGGUCAUAGACGGCUCCUAGAGCUGUCACUGAGCCCUGAGAUCACUGAACCACCCAUUUCAGUAUGCCUUGUGAAGGGAGGGCCAGGUCAUUGUGACAUCAUGGCGUGGUGGCACUGUUGGGAUAGCAGGGCCUUUCCUGUCAGUGCCUCCUGGGGCUGUUUAGCCAUCAGCCCGCACCACCCCGCCAAUGGUGGGUGUCACAUAGACCAGGGUCAUUGAGAUGAGGGCCGUAGUGAAAUGACAGGUGUAUCUCCACCAAAGGUAACCUGCUUCGACCUCUCCUGUCCACUGGGAUGCCAUCCUUUCUGUGCAGUCAGAAGGGGACCCUGGGAGGGGAGGGAGUAGCGUUUAGGGGAAGAAGCCUUUUGUACAGAGGGUGGAGCAGGAAAAACUGCUUCUUUUAGCUUGCUUGUGAUUAUUCUGUCCUUCCUUAGCCCCAGGCCUCUCCAAACCAGGUCCAAUGGCUGGGUCUUGAACUCACUCUCCACUAUUGGUACCCAUCUUCCCAGGUGCCCUGCCCUGCUCACUGCCCGCCUCUCAUGCCUGCCUGCCUGGCUCACUUCUCAUACCCUCACUGUCAAGAAGGGCUUUCUUCUCUCUGGCUUGACACGUUCUUGCUCUGGGGCGAUGAAGAACAGCUUUCUUCAGUGUGGCCAGCUCAGAGACCUGCCCUGUCACUCGAUCCUGACCACUCUCCCUUGUGAAUAAGUCCUGUUGUCCUGAGAGAUGAUGAGAGGGUCCUCUGUCUGAUCUCUGAGCUGCACUGGGUGCCCUGAGAAGAGAAGCCUGAGAAGAGAAACUCUCGAGCUUCCAGCAGCAGCUCUGAGGGUGCCGCUGGCCUGGACUUGGGAGUCUUGUCUGUAAGGCAGGGGUCGCUCUCACGGGGUGUGCACAGGAAGGGGUGGUUCUCUGAGGGGAGUAAGCACAGCCCUUCCUUAGCUUGUCUGUGUCCUCGUCUCCACCAUCUCAGAGGCCCCACAGGCUGUGAAGAACUUGGCAGAGGAGGCCUAGAGGGUACAGCCUGACGUGAAGGACAUAUACCAAGACCCCAAAGUGUGACUGUGACACACACAUUCAGGGUGUGCUCCUAAGCUGUGCAUCCGGGACUGUGGGAGCCACUUCACUGUUGGAGGCCUUCACGCUGGAAGUGAGCCCCGCACUUGGAGUGCCUCUCGGCCUGACUGGAGCUCCCACGAGCUGCAGGGCUCUCCUGUCAGAGGCACUCUGUGCUGUGCCUCCUCAGCUUGCUUUCCUUGACCUCGCCACCGCUGCAGGGAAGAGCCCAGAGACCCCCUUUCCAGGGAGUUCUGGGACCACAUCUACUCCGAGGCCAGGCCAGUGAAGGGAGCAGCGGGCAUAGGCUGCCACGGGCCUCUGGUGGGAACCCGAAAGUCCUGUCUCCUGCCUGCCCCGCCCCUCCCUCGGGGCAGUUCUGUGGUAUAGUGGUGGGAUUGUUUUCCUUCCUUCUUGCUCAGCUUCCAGCCUGGCUCCACCCUGUGUCUGGCUCGCAAGCUUGCUGCUCCAGCCAGCUGCUCUGGGGGCUGGGCUGACCCUUCCAGAGGGUCCCAGCUGGCCAGCCCUGUGACUCACCAGGAAGCUCUGCCAGGGGCCAUUCAGCUUCUUCCCUGGUUCUGCUGUCCAGCCACCACGGCAAGGUCCCAGCAGCUGGGGUUUCCUCUCAGCCCUUGAGUGGCUAUGUCCAAUCCCACUGCCCCACCUCCCUAUGAGGACCGAAACCCCCUGUACCCUGGCCCUCCACCUCCUGGGGGCUACGGGCAGCCAUCUGUCCUGCCAGGUGGAUACCCGGCCUACCCUGCCUACCCCCAACCUGGUUACGGUCACCCUGCUGGCUACCCACAGCCGAUGCCGCCCAUCCAUCCAAUGCCCAUGAGCUACGGCCAUGACUAUGGUGGGGAGGAGAGAGCAGCGAGUGACAACUUUGGUCCUGGAGAAUGGGAUGACCGGAAAGUCCGCCAUGCCUUCAUCCGAAAGGUCUAUUCCAUCAUUUCCGUCCAGCUGUUCAUCACUGUGGCCAUCAUUGCGAUCUUCACCUUUGUGGAACCAGUUGGUGAGUUCGUGAGGAAGAAUGUGGCUGUGUACUACGUAUCCUAUGCUGUCUUCCUCGUCACCUACCUGACCCUUGCCUGCUGCCAGGGACCCAGACGCCGGUUCCCAUGGAACAUCAUCCUGCUGACUCUCUUUACUCUGGCUCUGGGCUUUAUGACAGGCACCAUUUCCAGUAUGUACCAAACCAAAGCCGUCAUCAUAGCAAUGAUCAUCACUGCUGUGGUAUCUGUUUCUGUCACCAUCUUCUGCUUUCAGACUAAGGUGGACUUCACCUCGUGCACAGGCCUCUUCUGUGUCCUGGGGAUCGUGCUGAUGGUGACUGGGAUUGUCACUACCAUUGUGCUGGCAUUCCGAUACAUUUACUGGCUCCACAUGGUCUACGCUGCUCUGGGGGCCAUCUGCUUCACCCUGUUCCUGGCUUAUGACACACAACUGGUCCUGGGGAACAGGAAGCACACCAUCAGCCCGGAGGACUACAUCACAGGGGCCCUGCAGAUCUACACUGACAUAGUCUACAUCUUCACCUUUGUGCUACAGCUGAUGGGGAGUCGAGACUGAGAGCUGCCCCUCCACUGGCCUGGGGCUCCUCACCCUUUUCUGUCGGGCUGGGCCCCAGGUCCCUUCUCCCCUCAAGUAAUCUGCCCAGUUUCCUCUCCGUCCUGGGGAUGGGAGGGCCUCUGGCUGUGUUAUGUGAGAACCAAGGGUGCUGGAGUUACCCACAACUCUGGCCCUGGGUGGGCUUGGUAAGGACUAGAUGCACCAAACUUCAGUGUGUGGUGGGGGGAGUGGGGAGCCUGUGAACACAGGAGCUUCAAGGUGAAGAGGCUCCCGUCCCACCUCGGCCGCAGGGCUCUAGGCUAGGUAGCUGGAGCUGUCCCCCUCCUGGAUCCAAUAAAGCCCGAUGCUUUGCCCCCAGCUCCAGGACUCGGAGGCCACUUACCCUGUCUGAACUCUUUAGGCUUAGCAUCUCUGAGAGAUCUGUGCCCCGAGGUCUCCCUGUUACAACCCCAUCCUCCAGUAACAUGUAUAGAUUAUUUAUCGGGGUUAGGGGGAGACAGUGAGCAAAGUUCAUUCAGUAUGGGGGGGCUAAGAAUGGGAUCCACCCUGGAUGGCACCCAUUCUGCCUACCAUCCAGGCCCAGAGUGCCCAGGGCCUUCUAAAGAGGGCCCUCCUACUUUCUUUGCUUAGACACUCAGGAGAAGGUGAGAGGCGGAGGUCGGCAGGGGAGGUGGUUUAUAGGAUCCUGAGUGUGGCUGGGAAGGAGUCUAGGGGAAGAGAUGGGUGGGGACAGGGCAGGUGCCUUGGGUUCCCCCUCUGGUCUGAGAAACACUGCAGCCCACUCUGGUACCUGGAGACCUUCCCUUCUAACAAGUUCAGUCCGUUCUGAACUCCUGCUGGGAGAUUUUAGACUAGAACUCCCUCUCCGAACCAGCUACCGCUUUCUGUAUAAUCCAAGCACCUCCAGCUGGUACCAGGGUGGAGACAGAAGCCAGUUGAUCAAGUGGGGUGGGAAACCUUAGCAGCCCAAGGACAUAAUUAGAGCUAGUCUGUCCAAUACUUGAUUCUGAAUAGAUCACAAAGGGACACAACUAGAAAUGUAAUAAAGUUUGAUGUUUGGCAUUGCGA